CCUUUCGGCCGAUAGGGCGGUGCUGUCCCGUCUCGUGUUGGCCCGCGCUCCGCCAUGGCCGCCGCGCUGCGGGCCUUGCUCCGCUCCGCCGCGCCCCGCCGCGCUCUGCUCCUCCCGCCGCCGCUCCGCCCCCUUCCCGGGGCGCGGCCCCGCAGCUCCGGGUCCCCGUUCCAGUUCCUGGUGGUGCAGAAGACGGGGUCGCGGCAGAGCGUGGGCCUGAUCCAGCUGAACCGGCCGCAGGCGCUGAACGCUCUCUGCGCGGGGCUGAUGGACGAGCUGCGGCGCGCGCUGGAUGAACUGGAGAGCGACCCCCAAGUUGGGGCCAUCGUCCUCACUGGCAGCCAAAAAGCCUUUGCAGCCGGCGCAGACAUCAAGGAGAUGCAGGAUAAAACCUUCCAGGAGUGCUACAGCAGCAGCUUCCUCACCGGCUGGGACAGGGUGGCCACUGCCCGUAAACCCAUCAUCGCCGCAGUCAACGGCUAUGCCCUGGGCGGCGGGUGUGAGCUGGCCAUGAUGUGCGACAUCAUCUACGCCGGGGAGAAGGCUCAGUUUGGGCAACCCGAAAUCCUGUUGGGGACCAUCCCAGGUGCUGGCGGGACGCAGAGAUUGACCAGAGCGGUGGGGAAGUCGCUGGCGAUGGAGAUGGUCCUCACUGGGGACCGUAUUUCAGCAGCAGAGGCAAAGGAGGCAGGUCUGGUCAGCAAGGUCUUCCCUGUGGAGAAGCUGCUGGACGCAGCCAUCGCCUGUGCCGAGAAGAUUGCCAACAACUCCAAGCUGGUGACUGCCAUGGCAAAGGAGUCAGUCAAUACUGCCUUCGAGACGACACUGACGGAGGGGACCAGGACAGAGAAGCGGCUUUUUUAUGCCACCUUCGCCACCGGUGAUCGCAAGGAGGGGAUGACAGCGUUUGUGGAGAAGCGCAAGGCAAACUUCACUGACAGCUGAGCCCAUGGUGGUGCAGGUCUCCACGAGUGUCUGCUCCCCGUUGUCCCCUGCGUCACCCUGCAGAGGAGGCCGGGAC